GCUAGCUUGACUCAGGGCUGUCUCAUGGUAGUCGUCCCAACAAGCGGCUCGUGAAGCAGGAAUCCAGACAGGAUUAUCAGCAGCAGACACCGCGGAGCUGCCGAGCGAUAUUUCUGUUUUUACAUCUUCUCGGACCGCACCGACAUUUCCAUCCAGACCGACGGAGCUUUACAUAGCAGCUGGCCGCCCUCCUACCCUCUCUCGGUACCGUGCAGCUGCAGCGACCGUCAUCUCAGCCUCAAAACUAACUGGAUGACGGAGGGAACCAGCCUCCUCACGUACCGGCACGGAGAGGCGACGUUCACGGGCUGCAGGAAUUACUAAGACCGCUGUGGCAGCGGCUUUGAGAUUUGAAGUGACUUUCAUUAGUGAGACUUUUCCAUCUUUCCUGGGACGUCAGAGGACAAGGUGACCCACAAAGAAGCCCUGGAGCUGGUGAGAACUUGGAGCUUGCUCAGAGGAACUUUGGGACCAUGGAUGAACGAACCUGGAGGGAAUGGUAGACUAUCCUUCACCUCCAAUGAGUUGAAUGAGACGAUGCUGAACCAAGGAGAAAUGUGGCCCACUCCAUAGAAGUAUAGAUACUAGUCUCUCUCUAUUAGUGUAAUAAGGCAUCAUCAGAUGUAAAGCAGCUAUAUUAUCAGGUCAUCCAUAUAAAGGUAUUCUGACAUCAUGAUGGUGGGCACCUCCAUCACCUCGUGUGUUAGGACUACAGCGGUCUAACACAUAUUCUGGUUCCCCUGUGGGAAAGAACGGAGCUACUGGAGCGCGGUGGUCCACCAGCACCAUGGACUACCACGCCGAGUGCUGCUUCUGCGACCCCGAGGAGGGUCACGGUGGCCCGGACGAGCCGCCCCUCCACAGUAUCCACGCGCCCAACCGGAUCCGCCCGUCCUCCUACCGAGCCCUGAGGAGUGCUGUGUCCAGUCUGGCCCGCAUCGACGACUUCUUCUGUGAGAAGAUAGGUUCAGGCUUCUUCUCUGAGGUCUUCAAGGUGCAGCAUCGGAUCACAGGGCAGGUGAUGGCACUGAAGAUGAACACUCUGGCUAGCAACAAAGCUAACAUGCUACGAGAAGUGCAGCUCAUGAACAGGCUUUGCCACCCAAACAUACUCAGGUUUCUUGGGGUUUGUGUGCAUGAGGGUCAACUCCACGCUCUGACUGAGUAUAUAAAUAGAGGCAACCUGGAGCAGCUGUUGGACAGUGAUCUGUACCUGUCGUGGUGCGUCAGGAUUGGUCUGUCUCUGGAUAUCGCCCGAGGGCUGCAGUACCUGCACAACAAGGGCAUAUUCCACAGAGACCUCACCUCCAAGAACUGUCUGGUUCAAUGUGAUAACAGCAUGUUCACUGCUGUGGUGGGAGACUUCGGCCUGGCAGAGAAGAUCCCUGAUUACAGUGAUAGUGUGGGGAAGCAGCCUCUGGCCAUCGUGGGCUCCCCCUACUGGAUGGCCCCUGAAGUCCUGAGAGGGGAGCUGUACGAUGAGAAGGUGGAUGUGUUUGCGUACGGCAUCAUCCUGUGUGAGAUCAUCGCCCGCAUUGAAGCCGACCCUGACUUCUUACCCAGGACAGAGGACUUUGGUCUGGACGUGGAUGCAUUUGAGAACAUGGUUGGGGAUUGUCCAGCUGCAUUCUUAAGCCUCGCUGUCACCUGCUGUAAUAUGAGUGCAGAAAGGCGUCCCUCGUUCUCUGACAUUGUCCUCACAUUGGAGGGCAUGGAGACAGAAGAAGAGAGAGAGACGUCCAUUGCACUCGAGCCAGUAUCGGUAGAAGUCAGCAAGGAUCGGCGCCGCAGCUCUCCCUGUCACCCCGGUGACCGAAGCCAGAAAAGACAAGGCUUGGAGAGGAGCCAGUCGGACAUGUUACCCCCGGCAACCCUGACCCCUCCUCUCCUCGGGACUCCCCCGCGGGUCAACCCCUUCUCUCUCAGGCAGGACCUGAAUGGGGGGCGUUGUAAACUUUUAGACACACCUAGCAAGUCCGUCAUCUCCCUGACCUUUACCCUCCCGGCACUUCGCGACCCGUGUUCCUCCCCCCAGCUUCUCAGAGGGAUUCCGGGGAAGCGAGCUCUGCCGAGGAGAUGUCAGUCGCUCCCCUGUACUCCAGAGCUCAGCCGGACUGUAGCCUUGCCACGAGACACUGAGGGGAAGGAGGAGGAAAAAGAGGAGGACGUCAGAGCGGCGCUUAGAAGAGGAACAGUGGAGGAUGUGGAGGUCGAUAUGAGGAAGGAGACAGGGGUGUCAGAGAAGACAGGUGAAAGGUUGCAGGUCGAGCAAAUGGAGAUAACUGAGAAGAGAGAGUUGUUAACGGAGGAGGAUGAGAUGGGAGAGGCUUCAGGGCUUCCUGUGGAGCUGGAGAUGGUGUCUCUGGAGCGACUAGAGGAGGUGGAGGAAGAGGAGGGUGUAUGUCUAACAGAACCCAUGGACUGUACCAAGUCUCCAGAGCCAGCAGAUGGAGUCAUGGACUCCACACCUAGAAGACCCCUGCUCACCUCCACUUGUUCCUCCUCUUUACAGACAAAUGGCUGGCGACUCCCCAUCUCCAACGGACCGCCCUCCUUGCCUGCUCUGCCACAACUGGACAACAACAACGGCUCGGCCCUUGUAAUUGGCCAGCAGGUGCAGUGGGGUGGAGGAAGUCGUGCUAAUGGUUACAGCGAAGCCCAGGUCCAGUCCUCUGACCCUCGUGGCCAUGCUGAGCAGGAUGAGGUCAUUUCCUGUCCAGGCUGCUGUCUGGUAGGUCUGAGUUUCCCCUCUGUGUGCCUCCGUGGUUCAGCUGCUGUGCCUGCCCCCCGCCGAAGGGCUUCGUUACCACGGCAGCGGCCCUACCGUAACCUCAAUGGUACCAUAACUGGUGGCAGCGUUUCCUCGUCAACAACGGCCUCCACAGCAACCAAAGCUCUACUGUGUCGCAGCACAAAUGGACUAGCAGUAAGUGGGCCCUCGGUGCCACGUGAACCCGGCCGGUCCCUGCCGGAGGCCCAGACAUAGAGCCAGAAUGCAACGCGUCAUAUAGUGAAAACCACGCCCACCGGAGGGGAAAACAAUCUCCGACACAUUAUGCAACCAAGGGCUGAAAGGCUAACGAAAUGCCAGUAGCUAGCUAAAACGAUAGAUGUCAGCAUAUCAGAGGAUUAUUUUAUUACCUUAUGUUUACCAGGGGUGUAGCUGAUAACUAAAAUGGACAAGUUAGCUAUCAGCGAGCUAAUGUUAACUUUGUGUUAGCAAGUUGCUGUAGCUAGCUAAGGCAAACAUAAAACGGCCGAGCUUUCUGAUGUAUUCACAUUCCACAAUAACAUAAGUCCCAAACUGUCAAAAUACACAAUACAAAGUCGAUUGGAGAGCCAUCAAUUGUUUUCUCCUCCGGUGGGGGCGGGACUUAAUUGUGCUAUGUCUCUUUAAGCCUGCUGAAGGGGGAUUUGGUUUUGAACUUGUGACACGCACCAGCACUAAAUGCUAGCGUUCAAGGUUAGCAACGCUAACUGUUCCUGUGCUAACACUGAGAACCCAAUACUGACCCCAGCAUCUGAGAUGUGUUGUUAACUCUGUGCAGUCACAGCAAACAGUACCAUUGGUGAUUAGAGGGCCACCUGGUAGGCACAACGAGUCACCAUGACAGUGAAGAACGUGGUGGUGUGACGUAAGACGUGGCUAAAGCAGGCACAAUACCGCUGAACCUGACAGGGUUCUAACAAAACGGGCUGAGCAGAGCUGUAAACUGAACACUGAACAGUCAAGGUCUACUACACUCAUCACUGCUGGUCCAAACAGUGAUGCUCGCCCCAUUCUCUACUGAACCAAAUAUAACCGAACACAGUCUGCAUUCUACUGUGCUGGCUUCACUUCUGGAGGCUCUCAUGGGGAAAGAAAGUGUGCGACUCAUUUAACAAGUAAACUUGCAGUUUAUUACAACUUGGAUCUUAUUUAUGUAGUUAUGGCCGUCAUUUCUAUCAGUAAUAAUAACAAUGUACUGUCCAAGCUAAUCGCUGAGAUCUGUGAACACAUGACAUGAUUAAAAAGAAGCAACCCUGAGGUUAGUCAAACUGGUUUAGAAGACAGUAAAAUAAUGACCCCCCCGCUGUCUGUGGACUGUGGUGGAUGUUUGCAAUGGACACACGUCACUUUUGGUUUUUCUGUAAAGUGGUGGUCUGACUGCUCAUGCUUGUUCCCUGUCAGAUUAUAUUGAGACUGUGUUCCCAGUUCUCAGCAUUUAUUUUAGUAAGUAUAGAUAUGAAUGAUGGCCCAAACUACGAAAUAUGAAAUAUCCUUUAAUAUGUAGAGUACUUUUUGUAAACGGCAGUGGGGGAAGAACAUUUUGGAAUUCAUUGUUCCUCCCUUUAUGGAGGAAGUUUAGGAGAAAUGAAAAGGCCCACUACUGACGGACACACUGCACUGGUUCUAUGUGGAGAGAACAGUUAAGUACCGUGUGGCUGCAGGGCCAUUAACACAUGUAACAACACUGUUUUUGAAUAUAUUUAAUUGACUAACAAUACCUACAGGGACAAUAUUUAUUAUACAAUUAAUAAAGAUGAUUUACUUCCUACAUUUUUAUAGCAGUUGACCUGCAUGUGUGUGUGUGUGUGUGUGUGUGUGUGAGAGAGAGAGAGAGAGAGAGAGAGAGAGAGAGAGAAGCCGAUAUCUGUUGCUUUGGGGGAUUUAAAGGAAGAAACUGUUGUCAUGUAAAUUCUUUAUUUUUUCACUUCAGUUUGCAGCACUUUGCUUUUACUUAACAUUGCUUUAUUUAAAUAUGUGCUACUGGUGUUUGUAAUGUGUGUGUGUGUGUGUGUGUGUGUGUGCUUCUGGCCCAACAAACUACACACCUUUCAUCCUUUGACAUCCACUCCCCUUCACAUGUAUCUUGUGUGUUUACAUGUGCAUUUUGAUGACACAGAUGUAACUUAAAGGUGGUAUGUGAAGCAGGUAUGCAUAUUUAUUGUACAGAUCAUUCCACACACUGUGUGUGUAUGUGCUUUUGAACGAAGGGUAGAGUGACAGAUACUUGCAGGAUAACUUUUUCAUCCCAUCAUUUCUGAUGUUAAACCAAUUCUUGCUUCAUUUCUAUGUUAAGUUCUUCAAUACAGCGAGGAACCUGCGAGCAAUAAUCUGGUAAUAAACAAAUAUGGUUGUGCACAA